UUUUUUAAACAUUAAUAAUUAUUAAUAGUUUAUUAUUUAAGUGGUAUUGCUAUAUUAUCUAAGCUGUAAAUGUAAUAACUUACCUUUUUAAUUACAUUAAACCGAUUAAGGAGAAUUCAUUGUUUUUUUUUAAACUUGUAUUUAUUCAACGCAGAAACAUAAAAAAAAUCAUCCGUAAUCAAUGCCCUACAUAUUGAUAAGAGGCAAUUUAGCUUCGUAUGGCCACAAAAAUCCCUGGCGUGUUUUGGUAUCUGGCCUGAAAGCCGAAGAUAUAGAGCAGUUGAAUCGAUUUGCUUGCGGGGGAUAUAGUGACAAUUCCACUAUUGUUUAUCUACAACAUCCUUGCGUAAUACUCAGUGCUUUAGAGGUAUUAGGGUAUAAAGUAGUGGCUUCAAGUUCAACUGCUGUUAAGCAAGACUAUAAUGAAUAUAUGUGGACUAUGAGAAAGGAAUUUUCUGAGCCAGAACCUUCUAUAAUUGUUGAGCAAGAUAACAUCACAAAUUUUAGCAAAGAGGCUAUGCACUUUCAUCAUUCUAAUAAGGACGACGAAGUGUAA